CCGGUCGUAUUUAAGUUCCAACCAGUCAUUGCUAACUCUCCUCUGCCUCUCCCCUUCUCCCCAGCCUCCUCUUUCCAGGCUCCUUCUCCUUCUCUGGCGGAGUCCUCGAUCACCUAUCCUCCUCAUCUAUCCUUCGUCGUCUAUUCUUCCUCGCCCAUCAUGCGUAUUGACUCCGCGACGCUACCUCUGGUCCCAAUGCUCCUGGGCCAGGUGGGUGCUCUGCAACUGCCCCUGCUGCAAAGCUCCAAUUCCCACUCGCAGGCCCCUGUCACGGGCGACAAGCCCCUGAUUAGCUCCCCUUUGCUGCAAGAACAGGUCAAGGCUGAGAAUCUGCUGAGCCGGGCCCGGCAACUGUACAAGAUUGCGGAGCUGGGAGAACAUGAAUAUAACCAUCCCACCCGCGUCAUUGGUAGCAAAGGUCACCUGGGUACUCUCGACUAUAUCUAUUCGACCCUUCUCGAGCUCGGUGAUUACUAUACUGUCUCCAAUCAGUCCUUCCCUGCCGUGACGGGCAACGUCUUCGAGUCUCGUCUCGUCCUUGGCCACGAUGUCCCCAAAUCCGCUACGCCAAUGGGUCUGACUCCCCCAACCGGCAAUAAAGAACCGGUCUAUGGUCCCGUGGUCGCAGUAUCCAAUCUCGGGUGCGAGGCCUCGGACUAUCCUUCUAAUCUGGCCGGGGCUGUUGCAUUCAUCAGUCGGGGAAGUUGUCCGUUUGGAACCAAGUCGGAGCUCGCCGGUAAAGCAGGAGCUGUCGCUGCUGUCGUCUACAACAACGAGCCUGGCGACCUAAGUGGAACGCUAGGUACUCCGACCCCAGAUCACGUCGCCACCUUUGGUAUUUCGGACACCGAUGCAGCCCCGGUCCUAGAGCAGUUGAAGAAGGGCGAGAAGGUUGAUGCCAUUGCCUACGUGGAUGCCAUUGUUGAGUCCAUUGAUACCACGAACAUUAUCGCUCAAACCACCGAUGGUGAUCCCAACAACUGUGUCAUGCUGGGUGGCCACAGUGACAGCGUUGCCGAGGGCCCCGGUAUCAACGACGAUGGGUCUGGUAGUUUGACCCUUCUAGAACUCGCGACCCUUCUCACUCAAUUCAGUGUCAACAACUGUGUGCGCUUUGCUUGGUGGGCCGCAGAGGAGGAAGGCCUCCUCGGAUCCGAUUACUAUGUUUCGGUUCUCACCCCGGAAGAGAACAGAAAGAUCCGCCUCUUCAUGGACUACGACAUGCUCGCUUCGCCAAACUUUGCGUACCAGGUAUACAAUGCUACCAAUGCCGUCAACCCUAACGGAUCGGAAGAGCUUCGCGAUCUAUACACCGACUUCUACGAGGAUCACGGCUUCAACUACACGUACAUCCCGUUCGAUGGACGCAGCGACUACGAUGCCUUUAUCCGUAACGGUAUCCCGGGUGGUGGGAUUGCCACGGGCGCUGAGGGGAUUAAGACGAUCGAGGAAGAGAGCAUGUUUGGGGGUGUCGCUGGUGAAUGGUAUGACCCGUGCUACCACCAGCUCUGCGACACCGUGGCCAAUUUGAACUUGACUGCGUGGGAAUGGAAUACCAAGCUCGUCGCCCACUCCAUUGCGACCUAUGCCAAGUCCUUUGACGGAUUCCCGGAACGGACUGAUGAAAUCAGUGUCUCGGCAGCCUUUGAGCAACCGAAGUACCACGGCAACGCCCUGCAGCUCUAAACCCUUUGCGGUAGGUUUUUUUCUUUCGCAGGUGCAAAUGCUUUCUGGGCAGGAUGAAUCACAACGUUGUACUCGAUCUUUCAGUGAGAUAUCUGCAGAUACAGGCUUGGCGAGAAUAAUCUAAUGAGAGACUAAUCCUGUUAUAUCGUAGGA